AUGUUAAGCACGAAAAAACAGAAAAAAAACACAGUUACCGCGGCCAAGCGCAAGCCGUGUCCCAUGUCAAAGAGACGAUUGGUCGAUCGGGACGAAGACUGCGCGUCGAAAGUUCUAGUCCGUCAAAGCGGACUGUUGAGGAUGGCAAAGGCCGUUAUCGGGGUGGCCGUGGCCGUUCUCGACAGUGCGGAGGAGGACCUUCAUGGCAUGGCGGAGGAAGCCGUUCGUGACAAGACGGAGUUGGCCAUGCAGGUGGUGUACGGAAGCAAUAGCAGCGGCGCCGUGCCUUAUAACUUGUCGUCGUAUCCACCGGUUCCGCGGCACGCCGUGAACAGUUCGUGGAAAAAGGUACCAUUGGCUCCCGUGCUGACGCUGAGCUUCGUCAACGACGUUGUGACGUUGGAAUGGGACGAGCGGGCGUCGCCAUCAAUGCUUCCCAAAUACGCGCGCGUCGAAGGCUACGAGCUGUUUGGAUACCGCGGCGACACGCCGGUGUCGGGCGACUCGUGGAAAAAGAUCAAGUACUUCAAAGCUGGCCCGUUGCCCAUGCAAUGCAAGUUGCCUUUCCGAAAGAAGAACGUCGUCCACAACUACGCAGUGCGCGCAGUAGACGUACACAAAAGAUGCGCCCCCUCCGCCGUUGUGCAGACGGUAAUCCAGUCGAAGCUUUGA